CUCGUAAUGAAUUCUAAAAGUUACCAAAAAACUGCUCAGCCACGGCUGGGGAGCAUAUCGUCUGUCGCGUUUUUAUUUAUUAGCGGCCGCUGCCUCCCAAGUGCUGCCGGUUCUGAUGUUGCUGGAGUACUGUUUAUCUUGAUUCCAGCCAACACGUUAAUCCUCAACCUCUCGUCGGAAAGAAGACGCGUCUUUCCAACACUUUCCCACCAAACAUCAAACCUCUUAUCAAUCAAUCGGAAAAAUCGAUUCAAUCGCAUUUGCAUAACACGUUGAGCUCGUACUUGCCCAAGAUGCAGACCUUUGAGGGAAUCUGGAACAAGCGCCAAUUAGUGCCCUGCUGGGUGAUUCAAGUCCUUUGCGCAGGCAUCUACGGCAUCGUCGCAUGCCUUCUGCUCGUCACAGCCGGCUACAUCUCCCGCAACAAAGACCAGAUCGACUCCAACUACAGCUACCUAGGCUACAGCGCUGACGAUCUCACCAAGUACGCGGCCGCGACUGGCGCCGUGCUCCUCGUCUUCUGCAUCUUCACCGUCGUCAUCGACAUCGUCGAGUGCAUCUUUUACUCCAAGCGCAAGCUGAACCCGGUCUUCUUGCUCGUCACCUCCAGCAUCAAGACCCUCUUCUGGGGCAUUCUCUUGAUUCUCAACUUCAUCGCUGCCGGCCGCGGAGACGGUAGCUGGCUCGGCAUUCUUUUUGGCAUCCUCCUCGUCUCGACCAGUCUUACUCAGCUUUUCAUCUCGGCCAAGUUCACCCACAGAAAACGCAAGGGAACCUUCGUGGCUGGUGGCUACAAGGUACCCGGCUUUGGUGGUGUCGAGGCGGGCGCUGGUGGUGGCCCGGACAAGGUUACUAAGGAGUAAUAUGUUCGUCACGAGUGGAGACGUGGUAAUAUAUGGUUGGGU